AUGCCCGUGCGUGGCUUCGUAGGGCCGCAGUACUCGAACGUGGGAUUCAGGUACGGGUACAUCGGCGUUCAACCAGACCCCAUGGUGCACGCAUCCGCAUCUGUCGCGACGCCUCCUGUCGCGGCGUCAACACCAUUCUCCAGCGCGAUUCAUCCGGAAAGCCAGCCAGCGGUGCAAGCCCCGCCAGAAGCAUUAGUUGUCGGUUUGGACACACAGGCGCGAACAGACGGCCCAUCAUCGAACGCGGUUGCCGGUGGUUUAGGGCGUGCGGUGAAUGGUGAACCGGGGGUGAAUGCAAGCGCGCGUGCACAUUCGCCGCCAAUAUGGAAUGUCAACUCACUAUUGCCCGAAAACCCCGACGUCCACAUCCGCACCCCCGCGCAUCCGACUGUAGCGUACGCGACUGGUGUAGGUGGGCAACCACAGGGGAACGCGGGGAACGCGGGGCGUGGAGCGGGUGCAAGCGGAAACGCGGUAAGGGGAAGAGGGACGGGUGCGAGAGGGAACGCGGGAGGAGGGACAGGGGAGAGAGGGAACGCGGCUAGAGGGAGAGGUGCGAGACGAAGGGGUGGGAGAGCGAUCGCGGGACGUGGGACAGGUGCUGGAACGAACGAGUAUAGUGCGAACGGCCAGGGAGCGCAUGGGGUGACACAUAACGGCGGCCGGGGUAGCGGUGUUAACGCAAACGGCGGGUCAGGUAACGGGCCAGUUAAUAGACCGCGUAUAAAGAGGCGGAGAGUCGAUGUAGUGCCGCACACGGCACGCAAUGGCUCCCGGGAGGGGAGCGAGGGGACAAGCGAUGAGGAUGACGAGGACGACGCGUACGAUGCGGACGAUAGUUGGAAUGACGAUGACGAAAACUACCUAACCAACUCGCUGUCCGCGCUCAACGAGGAGGAGGCGGAAGACAACGAACGGGUGCGGGGUACGCGGAGGGACAUUGAGGUCCCUAUCGCAGAUUGGAACAGGCUAGGUGUGGACGACACGCCGGCCUCGAAACGAGAGAUGUGUUACGGAAUCCUCUACGGUGUCUCUGAGGCCACGCUGAAGAAGUAUCGCGGUUGGGCCAACGAGUACAAGCGGUUCAUGGCUCACGAGCUGCCUAAACUGGACGCGGGUAGGUUUGGUGAUGAGGCCGCGCUGAGAAACGCGAACCCCGACGAGAUUGGGGCCGCGCUCGAACAGAACAUGGGUGGUGACUGGAAGAUGGCGGAGAGCGACGAGCAGUGGUUCCACGGCCCUGAGACGAAUCCGUGGCGCUUACGCAAAUACGUGACCUUCCUCGCGAACGAGACAGUUGCGCAGGCGGACAGGAUGGCCACACUCAAGCGGCCGCAGAAGACCUUGAAGAAGAGACGCCAGUGCACCCCGGCAAUGCUGAUGGGGCGUCUCAAGGCUUUGAACCUACUCAUCAAGCUGGACGGGGCCAUCUUCAGGAAGCCCGUUCUGAACCUGCUGCGCGACUUUGCGGAGUGUCGCAUCUGGGUCCGCGUUCAAGUACGCGACCAAUACAAGCGGUUUAUCGCGACGGGCAAGACAAACAAGGACUUCUCGCUUAACUACAUAUCUGCUGUGAGGCACAUCGAUUGGACGCUGUGCGCGGUCGGAGCCACGCUGCUGUGGCUGCACUGGGUGUACGACUUGGUUCCCAUCCUCAAUGAGGACAUAGCCCCCCCUCUCGACUUCACGGAACCCUCCACGUGGUACGAUCAAUACCUGUUCUUCCCCCUUCGCGCGGGCAACGAGAAGCAAAUACCGCCCACGACUCAUCACGACUGGGCGGCGAAAAUACUCCAAGACGCGGGAAUCACAUGCUCGCGUGCGGUACACGCGACCAGGGCUGGGGGGGCGCAGCACGCGUCCGCGGACGGAAUGCCUUCGGAUCAGCUGGCGAGGCUGGGGGGUUGGCGCUUCAUCGACGUGAUGACUAAGCACUACCUCACAACCAUUCCAAGGGAGGCCGUGCUGCUGAAGGCGGGCUUCACCGGGGUUGACGGUGACUACUUCCUGGGUCGCGCAACUGUUCCGGUCAGCGAUAAGCUGGAUGAGCUACUGAGGAAGCACAUUUUCCCAUGGGCCGCCGCGGACAAAGGACAGCAACAGUGCAAGGAUUACAACCGCAGGAUGGUGAAAACGCAGAAGCCGGAGAAGCAGGACACCGCGGGGCUAAACAUACUGAAGGAGCUGGAUGGGGACGCUAGGAUGGCGGUCGCGCAAGACCUGGCGAUGUAUUACAUCCACCAGCCGCGACACCCGUACGUGGUCAACAAUCCGCUCUGCCAGAUGGAGGAAUUUGCGUCGUGGGCUGCAGAUGUCUCAUUGGCAAAUCAACUCGCCAUAGUACAGCGCAACACACCUACACUGACCCAGCCCGCACCCCGCGGCGCAGUUACGCGAAUGGCCGCGCUCAUUGGGGAGGAGGGAGGCGGCCAGAACGCGAUAAACCGUGUUAAGCGAAUCAUGAACUUCAUCGCCCACAGGGUGGAGCAAGGAGACGACAUCGCGGUAGUGCUCGACAAGCUCGACCUCAUGUCAGGUGCUGUGGGCAUGUCGGGUGUAUCGGAAGGGAUCGCGGUAAAGAAGAAGAGUGUUGACCUGGAACUGAGCCAGCUGAAGAAGGGUUCUCCGGUGGAGGUGCAGUUGCGUGUGAAAUUGAUGCUUGUUCGCGACCGUCUCAUCAAUGCCUCACUUCCCGCUUCUGAGUUCACAGUCGCGUGGCCCCAGUACUGUGCGCUGAUGCCAGACUUGUAG